AGGAAAAGGUUGAUAUUUGGCUGUGAUUAACCAGAUCAUGAAUAGUAAUGCUUGUCUUUAUGUGUUUGUUUUUCAGGUAUUGAAACAAAGGCACAUACCUUGAAGGCACUAGCACCUCCUACCAUUGUCAACUGAUUCUUACGGAAAUCUGUUAAUUCUACGUUUUGAGCACUAUGAAUAACCACGUAUCUUCAAAACCAUCUACCAUGAAGCUAAAGCACACCAUCAACCCCAUUCUUUUAUAUUUCAUACAUUUUAUAAUAUCACUUUAUACUAUUUUAACAUACAUUCCAUAUUAUUUUUUGUAUGAGUCAAGACGAGAAAAAUCAAACCAAAUUAAAGCAAAGCCCAUAAAUUCAAAACCUGGGUCUGCAUACAGAUCUGUUAAGAGCUUGGAUGGUUUGACUUCAGUGUUAUACCCUGGAUGUGAUACACUAGAUAAAGUUUUUAUGCAUGCAAAAAACAAAUUUAAGGACAAAAGACUGUUGGGAACACGUGAAAUUUUAAAUGAGGAAGAUGAAGUGCAACCAAAUGGAAAAGUUUUUAAAAAGGUUAUUCUUGGAAACUAUAAUUGGCUGUCCUAUGAAGAUGUCUUCAUUAGAGCCUUUAAUUUUGGAAAUGGCUUACGAAUGUUGGGUCAGAAACCAAAGACCACCAUUGCCAUCUUCUGUGAAACCAGGGCUGAAUGGAUGAUCGUGGCACAGGCCUGCUUCAUGUAUAAUUUCCAGCUUGUUACGCUGUAUGCUACUCUGGGAGGUCCAGCGAUUGUUCAUGGAUUAAAUGAAACAGAAGUGACCAACAUCAUUACUAGUAAGGAACUCUUGCAAACAAAGUUGAAGGACAUAGUUUCUUUGGUCCCGUGCCUGCGGCACAUUAUCACCGUGGACGGCAAGCCGCCCACCUGGUCUGAGUUCCCCAAGGGUGUCAUCGUGCACACCAUGGCUGCAGUGCAGGCUCUGGGAGCCAAGGCCGGCGUGGAAGACAAACCUAAUAGCAAACCAAUGCCCUUAGAUACUGCAGUAAUCAUGUAUACAAGUGGAUCCACGGGACUUCCAAAAGGGGUCAUGAUCUCCCACAGUAACCUUAUUGCUGGUAUAACUGGGAUGGCAGAAAGGAUUCCAGAACUGGGGGAGAAAGAUAUCUACAUCGGAUAUUUGCCUCUGGCCCAUGUUUUAGAAUUAAGUGCUGAGCUUAUCUGCCUUUCUCAUGGAUGCUGCAUUGGCUACUCUUCACCACAGACUUUAGCAGAUCAGUCUUCAAAAAUAAAAAAAGGAAGCAAAGGGGAUACAUCCAUGUUGAAACCAACACUGAUGGCAGCUGUCCCGGAAAUCAUGGAUCGGAUCUACAAAAAUACCAUGAAUAAAGUGAAUGAAAUGAGUAGUUUUCAACGCAAUCUGUUUAUUCUGGCCUAUAAUUACAAAAUGGAACAGAUUUCAAAGGGGUAUAGUACUCCGCUGUGUGACAGUUUCAUUUUCCGGAAAGUUCAAAGCUUACUAGGUGGAAAUAUUCGGCUUCUACUGUGUGGAGGUGCUCCACUUUCUGCAACCACACAGCGAUUCAUGAACAUCUGUUUCUGCUGUCCUGUUGGUCAGGGAUAUGGGCUCACUGAAUCUGCUGGGGCUGGAGCAAUCACAGAAGUGUGGGACUACAACACUGGCAGAGUGGGAGCACCAGUAGUUUGCUGUGAAAUCAAAUUAAAGAACUGGGAGGAAGGUGGAUACUUUAAUACCGAUAAACCACAUCCAAGGGGUGAAAUUCUUAUUGGUGGUCAAAAUGUGACUAUGGGAUACUACAAAAAUGAAGCAAAAACAAAAGCUGAUUUUUUUGAAGAUGAAAAUGGACAGAGGUGGCUCUGUACUGGAGACAUUGGAGAGUUUGACCCUGAUGGUUGUUUAAAGAUUAUUGAUCGUAAAAAGGACCUUGUAAAACUACAGGCAGGAGAGUAUGUUGCUCUUGGGAAAGUAGAGGCAGCUUUGAAAAACCUCUCACUAAUAGAUAACAUUUGUGCAUAUGCAAACAGUUAUCAUUCUUACGUCAUUGGAUUUGUUGUGCCAAAUCAAAAGGAACUAACAGAACUAGCACAAAAGAAAGGACUUAAAGGGACUUGGGAGGAGCUGUGUAACAGUCGUGAAAUGGAAAAUGAGGUACUUAAAGUGCUUUCUGAAGCUGCUACUUCAGCAAGUCUGGAAAAGUUUGAAAUUCCAGUAAAAAUUCGUUUGAGCCCUGAGCCAUGGACCCCUGAAACUGGUCUGGUGACAGAUGCCUUCAAGCUGAAACGCAAAGAGCUUAAAACACAUUACCAGGCGGACAUUGAGCGAAUGUAUGGAAGAAAAUAAUCAUUCUCUUUCAGCAUCAGGUUGCUGCAGGGAGCUCAGAUCAAAUAGGAAAAUACUUGAAAUGCAUGUCUCAGACUGUGAGGCAGACUCCAUUCCUCAUAUUAAACCUAAACUGUUAACUUCUCAUGACAUUGCCAUUUUUAACUGACAGGAUUAGUAAAAUAUUAAGACAGCAAACAUGUGUCUGUCUCUUCUUUCUUCCCCUCCUCCACUUUCCUUUACCACCUAGGACUGCACUUGUCAGCAUGAGGAUUUUUCUGAAUCAUAUUGGGGAACAGUGAUUUUAAAACCUCAAGUUUUUAAACAUGAUUUCUAUGUUCUGUACAAUGUUCAGUUUGUAACUUUUUAAAGUUUGGAUGUAUAGAGGGAUACAUAGGAAAUACAAGAAUUGAUUAUUUGGGGGGCUUUUUUACUUACAGUAUUUAAAAAUGCAAGGGUAUGGAUGUGAAAUUAUGUAAAUUUCAUUCAAAUGCUUAUGAAUCAAAUCAUUGUUUGAACAAAAGAUUUGUUGCUGUGUAAUUAUUGUCUUGUAUGCAUUUAAGAGAAAUAAAUAUACCCAUACUUAUGUUUUAAGAAAUUGAGACCUUGUGAACAUAUGCCUGACAGUGUCUUCUUUAUAUAUUUAUUUUUUCUUAGAAAAAGGAAUGAAGUUAGGUUGGUUCUGCAUGAAACAAAAUAGUAAUAGCGGGUUAUGGUUUCAUAGUAAUGGAGGAAACACAGCAAGGGAACAGAAGUGGGUAGUUGGUAUCUGGUGGCUCCUCAUUGAAAUAUCCAGAGUCUCCUAGUUAGCUGUGGGCAUUAGCAAAAUGCCUAAGCUUUUAGAACUGGAAACAAUUCUAAAAGGUAGGGUAGAAAUAGAAGGAAAAAAAAUCAGGAUGAAAAGUUAUUCUUCAUUUCACUGACUGUAUAUGUACAUUGAGUUGUCUGUAUGUCACAUUAAUCAUGAAAAAUUAUUCUAUCCCACUCCUACUUUUAAAGUCUAGCUGUUUAAUCAUGUAUCUCAUUUCAAAAUUAGUACUUUUUCUUGGAUACGUUGCACUGGGUGAUGUGUGUGUGUGUGUGUGUGUGUGUGUGUGAGACACUGUCAGUGUCUGUUGAUAGCUUGUUAAAAAAAGCACCUUACCCUUUCUGCCAUAACCUUUCCACACUAAAAAGUGAAAUAAUCUAGAAUGCUUCUGAUAAUAGCAUUCUUACUGCAAUACAUGAGAAUUUAUGAUGAGGUGAGUUACCAUUUAAUUUUGCAGGUUUUUAAUGUCAGUGUGGAAAUUGUGAUCCUAAAAACAUUGUAUUAUACAUAGUCGUUUCAUAUGUAUUGCUUGUCCGUUGUUUAUUAUUAAGAGUAAUAUUGCACCAGUUAAGAUGUGUUCAGAUUAGGACAUAAAAAAUCAUAUAUACCAUGUUUUUCAUGUCAUAUUAGUUAUUUUCUUGAUUCUCAAUUACUUUUAGGCACCAAAAGGCAAAAGAAACAAAAAAAUAUAUAUGAAAAGAUAUGAACGUAGAUCUAUUCAGGAUAGUGGGAGUAUGGAGGACCUGGGACCCUAUAGUUUUUGGUCAUAUUAUGAACACAUCAUAUUUGGAGACAUUGCAAUAUGGUGUUUUUUGUUUGAAACUUCUGUUAUAUUCUUGUAUACAUUUGCAUUGUGUUUUGAAUGCUCUUCUUGCCGUAGUUUAAAUUUUCACAAAGUUUGGAAGAACUGCCAAGAAGAAGUAAAAAUAGGAAAAAUUAAAAUAGAAUUUCCCUAAAAGUAUUGUGAUCUAAAUUAAAGGCAGCUUGGGUGAGAGAUUUUGUUUCUGAUGCUUGACCUUUAGAAUAAUUAUUUGCUUUCAAAUGAUGUUUUGAAAAGUAUUUAGGAAAAAACAGUUCAAUGCUUCAAAGGAGAGAUAUCAAUGUAAUUGUGACUUGAAAUAGAGGCAGAUGAAUAUAUCUUACCACUGAUUCACAAUAAAAGUUGUUUCUUUUCAGAAA